CGAGGGAGUCCUUAUUUAAGCAAAAUUCUUCGUACAUCAGGCUGGAAGGAGCUGGGUACUUCGUCAUGGAAUUGGCCAUACUGCAAGCCAUAUUGAUUAGCAUACUCAUCGAGAGAUUAUUACUCCUGAGCAACGUCCUCUGUUCAGCGGCUACACAUAUAUAAAUGUCCGCAUCAAGAAAUGUCGCUAGAGCCCUCUAUGAUUCCCAACCGGGCCAAUGCUGCAGUCUCUACCACCAAUACUUAUAUAAAUCCUGCAUCCACGGCGCAAGUGGCUGAUCCUUCACAGUUUUCCUGGAAAUUCCAUGUCGUGGCAACAGGAACAUAUUUUGUGUUCAACACCUCACUCGGGACCUCUCUCCCAUCCGGUGCCAAAGACAAACUCGCCAUGGCCUUUCAGUUCUCGACGGAUGACAUGCGACUGGUACUUCCAACAUCGCUGUACAUGGCAGGGUUUGCCCUUGGGCCUCUUGCCUUCGGCCCAUUAAGCGAGUAUUUCGGUCGGAAGCCCAUCUUGCUCGUCACCUGCGCGAUAUAUCUCAUCUUCACGAUGGGAUGUGCCCUGGCUCCCAGUUUUCCAGCUCUCCUUGUGUUCCGUUUGAUUGCUGGAGUGGGAGGAGCAGCUCCAAACGCUGUCCUCGGUGGACUAUACACAGACAUCUAUGCGAACCCUCACCACCGUGGUAUGGCAAUGUCGUGGUUCAUAUUCACAGCGAUCAUCCCGUCCCUUCUUGGACCAGCAAUAUCUGGAUUUGUGGCUACUGCAUCAUGGAGAUGGCCGUUCUGGACUGGUCUGAUUACUGGCGGUCCUGCGCUGCCACUGUUGUUGACCAUGCCGGAGACGUAUUACCCAGUAUUGGCCCGAACACAUAAUAACUCCUUGAUUCCUGGAGGAUCAAAGCCUCGCUUGCUGCAAUUAGCAGACAUGGUCCAGUUUCUGCAGCGCCCCUUCGUCUUAUUGAUGAAAGAACCAAUUGUCCUCUUCUGUUCGGUCUACCUCGCAAUGACCUAUUCUCUGUUGUUCCUUUACUUUCAAGGAUAUUUCGUGGUGUUUCAAGGUAAUAUGUGCAACAUAAAGCCACCAUGUCAUCCAUUGCUGACAAUAUGUUUAGUCUUGCUCGGCUCAGUAAUUGCCCUGCUGUUGUUCUCACUGUACAGCACGUACCAUUCCAACGCCCUGAAAGCAGGCCUUGACUGGGCGACUGUGGAGGAGUACAGGCGGCUUCCUAUCGCUUGUAUUGGGGCGCCUAUUCUCCCCGUCUCGCUCUUCUGGUUUGGGUGGUCCUCAAAUCCCGAAAUCCACGCUGUAGUGCCCAUGAUGUCGGGGAUAUUUUUUGGCAUCGGUUAUCUGCUCAUCUUCAUGUCUCUCCUCAACUACCUGACCGAUGCGUACCCACACUGGUCAGCGUCGGCUGCUUCCGCCGCCAGCACCUCACGAGCCCUCUUUGCAGUGGCCCUUCCAUUAGCAACAACGCCAAUGUACGCAAACCUCGGCAUCAGUUGGGCGAAUUCAGUGCUGGGUUUCAUUUCCAUUGCCUUGGGGGUCGUUCCGUUUGUUCUGAUAAGAUAUGGUGCGCAGAUUCGCCGGAGAAGCAAGCGAGCGCACACUGAUGCAACAAACCUGUCCCUAGAGUAGUUUGAGUCAUGAAGAAGAAUAAGCCGUUGAUCUGCAGCUUGUUGAAGGGGAA